CUCUUCCUCCUGUCUUUGCCAGUGGUGGGAGGAGCCUGAGUGCUGUUAGCUGCUAAACUCAGUCCCUGUUUAAAUUAGUAUUUAUCUCUAUUUGUCUCCAACACGUCCUCGCGCUGACCCGCCCUGUCCGCGUGGCUCCGCUCCAGAACAAUGGUCGUUCUGUCCAACAGCAACGAAGAGCAGGAUUAUAUCCUGAUAGAGGAGCGUAAAUGCUCCUCUCUGCCUAGCUCUCCCGCCAAGCGAGUGUCUCCCACCAAAAAGAAGCUUUUUUUUAUCAACCAAGCCAUCCGCAACUCGGACCUCACUCCUCGAGCCAAAGGGAAGAAGAGCCUCCGCCGCCAGGAGAACACACGCUUUCUUGCAAAUCUUCUCGAGAGGGAUGAUUGGUCCAAAGAUGAUCUGGAGGUUUGCAGUAACCCGGCCAUCCCCUCCAUCUUCACCGAGGCCUGCACCAACAGAAACUACGUAGAGCCAUGGAGCGACUUCAUGAAUUGCUCCGGUGAGGAGCAGGAGAGGCUGCUGUCUCUGCUCGAGCAGGAGGAGGCCAAGAAGAAAAACCCCAACCCGCUCCUCAAAGACCAGAGGGAUGUAAAUCCUGCCUUCACUGCUCAGGACAGCUUCCAGAGAAUCGACCGCAGGCUGCGAGCCACUCUGAAGAGGAAGCAGAUCCCCAUGGGAAUUCUUGAAGUACUUGAGGAAAAUCUCCUGAGCUUCUUCAACACUCAACCUCGCUUAGUUUACACAACCAACCUCGCCAGCAGCUUUGAGAGGCUGCUGCUUCACGCUGUCUGCCAGUACAUGGACCUCGUCUCUGCAAGCACCGACCACAACGGGUUGCGUCAGACUGAAGUGGUGAACAAACAAGACGAGUUUCUUCCUCCCGCACUUCUGCUGUCUGCCUACCUGGAGCAGAUGAGCUGAGACCAGGGCCGCGCCCGCUUUCCCCUGCAUGGCUCUGCUGCAGGCGGGAGAUGUAGAUGAGGGGCGCAAUGUGUAAUGUCCUCAAACAGUGCUGAACGAUACCUGCUUCCUUAUGGAUGGUCUGGUAAUUUCUUUCAAUUAAUUUGAUUGACUAAUAGAUCCAUAUUUCAUUGACACCUGCAUAUGCAUAUAUAUAUAUAUCCAUAUAUAUCCUAAGACUAUAUCCAUAGACUGUGUAUAAAGACGGAUGCCGCAUCUCCACCUUCUCGCACAAUCCAGAAAUGAAGAAAAAAAGUAUUUGAGUCUGUGCAGUAGUGAUCUGGGGCAGCGAGGUCCCACCGAUAUCACCAAUCAGUCUCAAUCAUGGAGUUCACUCAUUAAAACAACUAAUUGGAUAAAUGAGCACUUGUGCAUAUAUCAGUGCUAUAAGAACGACCUAAAAAAACAAAAUCAUCUUUGACGAAAUGUAUUUGAUGUUUACUUUGACUUUUUAGUCUGGUCAAUGUCCCAUCUGCUAACAUGGGUGAGGCGGGGGUUGAUAAGGUGUCGAGCAGUCAUGUCGUCCAUAUUUACAUACAGUCUAUGGUCCUAAAUGUUUAGAUUUUUGUUUUCUGGUGUAAUUCAUGGCAUCAUGAAUUUAUUUUCUUUAAGAGUAAAUGGACUACUGGUCUCACAAAACACAAGAAGGAAAACAAAAUGUAGGAAAACAUGCUCGCGUGCACAGAAAGGAAAAAGUCUGUGACUGGCACAGAAUAAAACGACAGAGUCACGUUUUCAGAGCGUAAGCGUGGCGUUGAGCUGAUGACGUGCCUCUUCUCUCAGAUACAGUUCUUUCUGUUUACAUGGCGCGGUGCUAGGAUUCACCGUGUUGAUACUGAUAUCAGUCUGAUACAACUUGAGACAACUUGAGACAAAGUGGGACUCGCAUUCAAGUCAUGCCUUAACAAUCUCCCCCCACUGAUUGGUUAGAACUGUCUUGCGAGCUCAUAUUUUAUAUUUAUUGCAAUUAUGCACAAUUUCAUAAUAGCAAAUAACGACUAUUAAAAACAAAUUAAUUGAAAGUUUACUCGGAACCCAUUUCUAUGUGUGAAGUCUCUGUUGAGGCUGUUGGACGCUGCAGGGCCCGUAAUGUCUGACGCUGCGUAAAGGGGCUCAGACGGAGCAAGUGCUCUGCUGCAUCACUGGAUUAACCUGUCGGAUUUGUGUAAGUAGUGAAGUAAGAAGCAUGAAUAUUUAUCGUCUCUAUAUGCACAGAGUCGUCACUCAUCAUCGUAGGUAAAUAAAUGUCUGUCAUCAGGAGUGUAAAAUAACAAACUCUUAUAAUCUUGGCAUGUAAACUGAUUCGUUUGCAUAAUCAUCUCUGUUUGCUCUUUGGGUACGAUUUCUUCGGGAUGUGCUUUUGGGGGAUUUUUUUCUUUUCUAUUUAUCUUUCUCUGAUAGCUUUGUCUACCCUGGUCCACACCGCUAUGGUUUACGGUUAUCAUCUGAGGGGUACACUCACUUUUCUUUCAACCAAAGGGUCAAUAUUGAAACAGCCAAGCACAGCAUGCAUAAUAAGUGUUACAUAAAACAAUAUCUCUUUUAGUUUUUUCCCCAUUUAAGAUUAAAUUAAUGAAAGCCCAGCAGCACUGUGGAGGAACACAGUGUAGACACAGGCAGACGGCUGCAGCUGCAAAGCCAUAGGAUGGAGCAUAUGGGCCACUUGAAGAGGGGAAAAAAAUGAUUUGAGAAUAAGGUUUUAAUAUCUGCAGCAUCUUAUUAAGUAAUGCACAAGUACAAAGGUUUCACAAAUAACAAAAUACACAUUAUCAUAAGUAUCAGGACUUUGAAAAGAUUGUGUAAGAAACUGUGUCUGUUCCAAAGAAAGAACAACACAGACUUGGAGGAAAUUGUCUCUUUUGUGGAGGAGGAAAUGUUUGGUAACAAUGAGAUUGAUUAUCAAGAUUUUGGAUCCAGAAAGAGUAAAACUCCGGCGAGCAAUGGUUCUGGUUAUGCUAAAUAUGUUUUCUCAUCAUUCUUGUAAGUUAGGACAUUAAAUUUCAACGUUUUUCUCAAGGUCUCAGUUAUUUCUUCUUCAAUAUGGCCCUAAUACUCCAUCAUAUAGUAAAGAUGUACUUUUAGAUUCACUGAUGGAUUUUUACAACACGCACAACGUUUACUCAGUUUACACCUAAACACACAACUUCCCUCUUAUAUGAGCUGAUAAUGGAGUGUGAGGGUAAACUGUGUGUACCUACUUUAGUAGGUAUGUUCCAAUGAUAUGAAUUUGACUGAAAUAACUAGAUUUAAGAUGUUUUGAUGGCAAAGACCUGCAGAGGUUUGACUCUCCUCUACGAGUCAUUUCUGUCUGAACAGUUACUACACCAGAGAAGCACUUCUGCCUUAUGUACACAUGUUUCCUUCGGUGUAUAUAGAUAUUUAUACAUUUAUACUUGACUGGAUGUAGGAAAGAGGUAUCCGGGUUAUUUAAAUAAAAAUAUCUGAUCCCAGAUUUUCUUUUAUGAUGCUGCCUGCAGUGCAAGAAAACUUGACUUAUUGGUGCAUUUUGUCAACAACCAAAGUUUGUGCGUUUGUUCUCAACUUCUCAGGCUUUGAAUUUCUCACUCUGAAUGUCAUGUAGUGAUUUCACAUGGUGUCAUUUUUCUGUGUACUGUAAACUCGUCAAGAUGAACUUAUCUAGAUCGUGUUCACCCCAGAACCCCGGGGUGCUGCCAACGUUUUAAAUACUUGUAGACGUAGUACUGCUGUAAAUAAUGAACUGACGUAAUUGUGCCAACAAAAAAAAACAAAAGCUUUCUACACUCAACUGUAACUUCUGUGUGUAUAUAAUGUUGUGUGCAAUAGUAUCUUCACUAUUUAUAGGUAUCACUGCUUCUAUUAAAGGAUUCAAGAUCUUCUUUUC